AUGAAACGCAAGGCUAUGGACUCAGGCACAGAUUCAAAGGCCAAACGUCCAAGAGAGCCCGAAGCAGAUUACUGUGAUGUGAUAUCGCGGAAGGAUGGCCAUGGAAACGCGAUAUGGCCUGCAUCCGAGGAGUCUAUCCAACGUGCCGGACAAUUUCUUACAGAGUGUGCUGCCUCCCGGAGCAAGACGCUCAUCGUCCCGGACAAGGACGCAGAUGGCCUUGACGCCGGCGUGAUUAUCCGCACGACGCUCAUUGCAUUGGGGAUGUCUCCAGAUCUUAUUGGUGUCCAUCUAAUCAGUAAGAAUGCUACUGUACACGAUGAAGCUGAGAGAGCAGCCAUGCUAGCAAAAGAUCCAAAGUACAUCAUCAUCGUGGAUCAAGGAAGUCGCGCUGCGCCGGCAGUCGUGGACUCCCUGAACACCAAAUCUCUGAUCAUUGAUCAUCAUCUGAGUGACGAGUUCCCGGAGAAUGCUACUGUUGUUUCCGCCUGUCAUUAUCCUCCUGUGGCGACGUCUGCUCUCCUGACCUACGAGAUUUGUAAGCCCCUCGACCAAACCAUUGCUUCUGCUUGUGGCUUCUUAUGCGCUAUGGGUACGCAUGGCGAUCUCGGCAACACCCUCAAAUGGAAGCCUCCAUUCCCAGAUAUGACGGACGUCUUCAAAACGCACACGAAGAAGGCGAUCAAUGACGCUGUGGCGCUGAUAAAUGCUCCUAGGAGAACAUCGAAAUUUGACGUAAUUUCGGCAUGGGAAGCACUACUCGCUGCAAACGGUCCGAAAGACAUCUUGGACAACGAACGGUUGCUCAAUGCUCGAGCUGAGAUCAACGAAGAGGUCGAGAAGCAGACUCACACGCCGCCGAAGUUUAGCAAAGAUGGAAAGAUUGCAGUUUUGCGAAUCAACAGCGAGAUGCAAGUUCACGGUGUCAUCGCAACAAGAUGGGCUGGAUACCUCAACUCCAAGGCUCUGGAAAUCAUCAUGGUGGCCAAUUCCGGCUAUCGCCCUGGUUACGUCAACUUCUCCUGUCGCAUUGCCCGCUCCGCUCGCUCCAAACAUCCCCCAGUCAACAUUAUUGAAUCUUUGAAGGCCGGAGCUGACCUCGAUACUGGCGAUCUGGUGGAGAGGAUGGGCGAAAGCUUUGCUAGAGGGCAUAAAGAGGCAUCUGGAGGCAUCAUCCCGGCAGCUGAGUUCGAGGAGCUGAUGGCCCUGAUGAAAAUUGGGGAGAAGCCAGAUCCGAAGCCUGAGGAUGGUGCGAAGAAGGUCAAGGCAUCGCCACAGAAGAAUAACCUGAUGAACUACUUCACCAAAAAGUGA